CUUUCACAUCCAAACUUUCUCGGCUUCACAAAAAUAUUUGUCUGUUGAUAUUCCUGUAUUUGUCUUUGUUGUUGUAUUUGUUGAGUAGUCUCUUUUUUCUUGCUAUGGCGGAGGGAAAUGCACCAGAGCAUCAGGAUCGCGGUCUCUUCGGUAUGUUUGGGAAGAAGAAAGAGGAGGAGACACAUCAGCAGCAUGGCGCUGCCGUGGAUCCUCACGGGCAUGGACACGUAGGCGAAGCUCACCCUGUUCCUGUGUCUCACGGCCACGUGGAGGGGGGCAAGCUCCAUGGUGAAAGUGAGAAGAAGAAACACGAAGGGGGCCACACGGGGAAGAUGCAUCGCUCUAACAGCUCUUCUUCCAGCUCUUCUAGCGAAGAGGAAGAUGAAAAGGGGGAGAAGAAGAAGAAGAAGAAGGGUGGAUUGAAGGACAAGAUAAAGCUUCCCGGACACCAUGACAAGAAAGAGGAGCAACACGGUUAUGGCGAGCACGGCGAAAAGAAGGGUUUGAUGGAUAAGAUCAAAGAAAAGCUUCCUGGACACCACAAAGAGGAAGAAAAAGGGCAUUGAGAGUUGUGUGUUUCUACAAAUGCUUAACGUAUUUUAGCUUGAAGCAUAAUGUGGGUGUGUAUGGUUGGGUUUUCCUCGUAAUUGCAAUUUUUGUUCAGGCCCUCUGUUGGGUUUUCCUCGUAAUUGCAAUGUUUUGUUCAGGCCCUCUGUUUUUCUGAGUAUUUACUUCGACCGCUUGGGAAGUUGAAACUUCUAAGUAGUUUUAGUAAGGAAGAAAGUUGGGAGAUGCUUUUUAUAUCUGCAGUUUUUGUAUAAAAGCUUUGGGCUUGCAGUCUACUCUACGCCCACUGUAUUUGCAGGGUUUGAACAUAUUCAUUGUAAAUUGAUAAAAAUAAUCAAACCAGUAAUUAUAAUAAAAGAUUCUCAUAUCUGAUGGAAAUCAUUUUAAUUUUA